CGGCCCGGACAGGAAGCGGCGGGGGACCGCAGCGGCGCUCGGUGAGUGCUCCGGGGCGCCGUCUCGUCGCGUCCCUCCCGGACUAGCCUCCGGGCUGGGCCCGUGGCUUACCCCGGGCCCCGAGGAGCCCGUCUGCCCGGCCCCGAGGUACGUUGGCGCCGUCCUUCUCGGGCCGCCUCGGCCGGGCUGCGCGCCCGGAGCCCUCGGGUUCGAGUCCGUGUCUUCACUUUGUGUCGGGGCUCCGGCCCUGGCCCCGAAGGGACCCCAGGAACCUUGUCAAUGGCCGGGCGCUUCCUGCUUCCCAGUCCCCACGGCGCCUUCGUCGCCGGUAGUGCGGGGCCGCUGCCUCCAUCGCCUGGGGACUCCGCUUGUGGAAACUGAGGCACACAGGGGUGGGGCAGCCGAAUGGGGAAGGAAAAGGAGUGUCAUUCCGCGGAAGAUUGUGGUUGGUGUCGAAACCGGACUUGUCCGGGGCUGGGCUAAGCAAUCGGGUACAAAGUAAGAAAGUUGAAGUCAAAGACCAUGGGAGAUACAGUAAAACCUUACUUUGUGAAGCGCACUAAAGACCGUGGGAUUACUGAUGAUGAUGAUUUCAGAAGGGGUCAUCCCCAACAAGAUUAUUUAAUAAUGGAUGAUUACGCUAAAGGCCACAGCAGUAAAAUGGAAAAAGGCCUUCCCAAAAAAAAGAUAGCGCCCGGGAACUAUGGGAACACCCCCAGGAAAGGACCAUAUGCGGUUUCCAGCAAUCCAUACGCAUUUAAAAACCCAAUGUACAGUCAGCCUGCUUGGAUGAAUGACAACCACAAAGAUCAAAAUAAGAGAUGGCUGCCAGAUGAACUUGCUGGUAAUGCAGAUAGCUGGAGAGAGCUCAAGCCGGGACCUAGGAUUCCCGCCAUAAGCCGGUCAAGGAAAGACUCCUUUCAAGAAAGUGACGAGUGCUACAGGUGGCCGGACGGCAGAGGCUGCAGAGCAGCCAGAAGGCUGUUUCAGAAGGACAUCGCCGGCCUGGAAGCCAUGUCAGAGAUGGAAGCAGGAAGCCCUGAAAACAAGAAACAGCGGUCCAGACCUCGGAAGCCACGGAGGACUAGAAAUGAAGAGAGUGAGCAGGAUGGAGAGUUGGAAGGGCCUGUGAUUGACGAGUCUGUACUUUCAACAAAGGAGCUUCUGGGCUUACAUCAGGCCGAGGAACGGCUGAAGAGAGACUGCAUCCACAGGCUAAAAAGGCGACCACGAAAUUGCCCUACAGCAAAGUACACCUGCAAGCUGUGUGAUGCUCUGAUCGACUCCAUCCCGUUUGCUCAUAAGCAUAUCAAGGAGAAGAGGCACAAAAAGAACCUCAGGGAAAAGCAGGAGGAAGAGUUGCUCACCACGCUGCCCCCGCCCACACCCUCCCAGAUAAAUGCUGUCGGCAGCGCCGUUGACAGAGUGGUGCAGGAGUUUGGUUUACACAAUGAAAACCUGGAUCAGAGGCUAGAAAUCAAGCAUGUCAUGGAAAGUGUCUUCCAGCACAAACUACCAGACUGUUCUCUUAGGCUGUAUGGAUCUUCCUGUAGCAGACUCGGCUUCAAAGAUUCAGAUGUGAACAUUGAUGUUCAGUUUCCAGCUAUCAUGUCUCAGCCAGAUGUCCUCUUACUUGUUCAAGAAUGUUUAAAGAACAGUGACUCCUUUACUGACGUUGAUGCUGACUUCCAUGCCCGGGUGCCCGUGGUGGUGUGCAGAGAUAAGCAAAGUGGUCUUCUUUGUAAAGUGAGUGCAGGAAAUGAAAAUGCUUGUCUGACCACAAAGCACCUAAUGGCUCUUGGAAAACUAGAGCCAAGGCUGGUUCCUCUGGUGAUUGCAUUUAGAUACUGGGCAAAGCUUUGUAGCAUCGACCGCCCUGAAGAAGGAGGCCUGCCACCAUACGUGUUUGCUCUAAUGGCCGUUUUCUUUCUUCAGCAAAGGAAAGACCCUCUCUUGCCAGUUUAUCUAGGAUCAUGGAUUGAAGAAUUCUCAUUAAAUAAAUUAGGGAAUUUCAGCCUUAAAGACAUUGAGAAAGACUCCGUGGUCUGGGAAUACACCGAUGACACCACAGGGGGCGCCAGCACUACAAAAGAGGAGGCCCCCAAAGAGACGCCCAGGAAGACGGGGCAGGUGCCAUUGACAUUUAAUAUAAAACACCAGCCUUCAGUGCCAGUUGGGCAGCUCUGGGUGGAAUUGCUGCGGUUCUAUGCUUUAGAGUUUAAUCUGGCUGAUUUAGUGAUCAGUAUUCGCGUCAAAGAAUUGAUAUCCCGGGAAUCAAAGGACUGGCCCAAAAAGCGCAUCGCUAUUGAAGACCCCUAUUCUGUUAAAAGAAAUGUGGCAAGGACCCUGAAUAGCCAACCCGUGUUUGAGUACAUACUUCAUUGUUUGAGGACAACAUACAAAUAUUUUGCUCUUCCACAUAGAGUCACAAAACCCAACCUCACAAAGCCUCCUAGUCCCAUCACCCAUGUUUCAGACCCAGAUAAAGGAGCAAGGAAUUGUGGCCCGAAGCUCCAAGCUACAGAAACUGAUAAACCGGUGAAAGCAGCUGUGGCCCAAGGUCCUGGUACGCCCACCUCAGAAGCCUGCAAGGCACAACCGCUUAUUCUUAAAAGUACCCCUGAGCAGUUGGGAAGCCCACCAAAGGAGAUACACCAGACAGAGGUCCAUUGCGAGGGCCGUGAGGAUGCCAUGGCACAGCAACGAGAAACAGAACACCAGACAGAGGUCCAUUGCGAGGGCCGUGAGGAUGCCAUGGCACAGCAUCAAGAAACAGAACACCAGACAGAGGUCCAUUGCGAGGGCCAUGAGGAUGCCAUGGCACAGCAUCGAGAAACAGAAAGUGCCAACGAGAAAGUCAGAAGGAAGGUUGGGCGUCUUUGGAGCACUGAUGAUCACAGCUUAAGCUGCAGCAAGCAUCCAGAACUUCAGAACUGUGGCGGCCUGUGUGGUCUCCAGGCAGACAACACUCUGGAGUUAGUUGGGCUCCAGAGCCCUGGAGCCAAGGAGCAGGACAGCUGCGCCUCCUUGGAUGACAAGGCUGAUGUAAAUGAAGGACACACGGAUGGUACUGAUGAGCUGGAGGAGUCUCUGAACUGCUUUUCCCCUGGAGUCCAGGGCCAGGCCUCAGCAGUCAUGCACUUUGAUGACGACGACGAUGACGACGAGGAGGAGGAAGAGGAGGAAGAGGAUGAGGAGGAAGAGCCCAGGCUCAGCAUGAACCACACAGAAGUUGAGGAGGGGGUUGUUAGUGAACAUCAGGAGGACAAUAGGCACACUGGGUCGGGUGAGGAGGAUGUCCUCUCUGAAGAGGAUGACUUGGCUGAGCUUGCUAAGAGCAAAGAUCUUGACGAGUGUGGAGAACCCAUGGAUGGGACUUUACUCAUAGACCUAAACAGAAUAAGUCUUAACGAGAAAAGCUUUCUUGAGGAAAAUUCACCCAGGGACCAGUCUGACUUCUUCUAUGAAUUUAGAAAACUGGCCUUCACCAAAGGCAAGUCUCCCACAGUAGUGUGUAGCUUGUGUAAGCGAGAAGGCCAUCUAAAGAAGGACUGUCCUGAGGACUUCAAGAGAAUCCAACUAGACCCUCUGCCACCACUGACACCCAAGUUCUCAAAUAUCUUAGACCAAGUUUGCAUCCAGUGUUACAAGGAUUUUUCUCCAACUCUUGUAGACGAUCAGGCUCGCGAACAUAUCCGGCAAAAUCUAGAAAGUUUCAUAAAACAGGACUUUCCAGGAACUAAGUUGAGCUUGUUUGGCUCCUCCAAAAAUGGAUUUGGGUUCAAACAGAGUGACCUUGACGUCUGUAUGACAAUUAACGGACAUGAAACUGCUGAGGGGUUAGACUGUGUAAGAACUAUCGAGGAGCUGGCGAGAGUCCUCAGAAAGCAUUCAGGCCUGAGGAACAUCCUGCCCAUCACAACAGCCAAGGUGCCCAUUGUGAAGUUCUUCCAUCUAAGAAGUGGUCUAGAGGUCGACAUCAGCUUGUAUAACACACUGGCUCUUCAUAACACAAGACUCUUAUCUGCAUACUCCGCCAUUGACCCCAGAGUGAAAUAUCUGUGCUACACCAUGAAAGUGUUUACAAAGAUGUGUGACAUCGGUGACGCGUCCCGAGGCAGCUUGUCCUCCUACGCCUACACUCUUAUGGUGCUAUACUUCCUUCAGCAGAGGUCUCCACCUGUCAUCCCUGUGCUCCAAGAGAUAUACAAAGGUGAAAAGAAACCAGAAAUACUUGUUGAUGGCUGGAAUAUUUACUUUUUUGAUCAAAUAGAUGAACUGCCCACUCUUUGGCCAGAAUAUGGAAAAAAUACAGAAUCUGUUGGGCAGCUGUGGUUAGGACUUCUCCGCUUCUACACAGAGGAGUUUGAUUUUAAGGAGCAUGUAAUCAGCGUCAGGAGAAAAGGUCUGCUGACGACUUUUAAGAAACAGUGGACCUCAAAAUACAUCGUAAUUGAAGAUCCUUUUGAUUUGAAUCAUAAUCUUGGUGCUGGAUUAUCAAGGAAAAUGACAAAUUUUAUAAUGAAAGCUUUUAUCAAUGGUAGAAGAGUAUUUGGAAUUCCAGUAAAAGGAUUUCCAAAGGACUACCCCUCAAAAAUGGAAUACUUUUUUGAUCCAGAUGUUCUAACUGAGGGAGAACUGGCUCCGAAUGACAGGUGUUGCCGAAUUUGUGGAAAAAUCGGACACUUCAUGAAGGACUGUCCCAUGAGGAGAAAAGUGAGGCGGCGGCGAGACCAGGAAGAUACCCCAAACCAAAGAUACUCUGAGAGCAGAGAAAAACGGAGCAAAGAGGACAAAGAAAUUCAGAACAAGUACACAGAAAAGGACGUGUCAGCAAAAGAAGAUAAGCCCACACAGUGCACAGCUGUGAAAGCAAAGCCAGCGAGGGCAGUUGUGGACCUGGGGCGGGAGAAGAUUCUCAGGACACCAGUGGAAAAAUGGAAGAGACAGGAUGACAAAGACUUGAGAGAAAAACGUUGUUUCCUUUGUGGAAGAGAAGGACACAUUAAGAAGGAAUGCUCACAGUUCAAAGGCUCUCCAGGUUUGUGUCAGUCAGAUUAUGUGUCUGGAUACCCUUCACCUAGCCCUUUGAGACCAGUUGCUCAGGCAGUGCUUUUACAUGAAGACAAAAAGAAACAAAAAACAACCAUAUUUUUGAGUCCCCAGUCAGGUAGCCUUUCCAGUAAAUACAUGACUCAGGGGAAAGCCUCGGUGAAGAGGACCCAGCAAGAAUCAUGAGGGAAGGAAAUGCAGCCCUGGAAAUGGCACUGAGGUGUCCCUAUCCACGUGGAAAAUUAGUUUCACUUCACAGGACAUAGCAACACAGAUCAGGCUUCAACGUAACAGUUGAGGGAAAUGUCGGAAUUUUUAAAAUUUAAAUGAAAUUGUUAAAUGAGGAAAAGAAAAAUUUUAAUAGUCUUAACAUCAACCCCCAGAGAUCUGAAGAUUUUAAUAGGAAGCCAUGAGGUAUUUAAGCCAAGUUAAAAGAAAAAAUAUAACUGUGGGCCAGUAUUCAAUGACAACAGUGUCAUGGUUUUUAAUUCUUUCAGAGCACACUAAAAUAGUGUGUGCUGCUCACAGGAGGAAAUAGCCUCCUUUCCCCAUAUAUCCCUUUCCAUUUCCAAGAGGGAUUUUGUUUGUUGCUGGGUCCUGGUGUGGACGUACAUCAAGUACAUGUGGACUGUGCUGCUCUGCUUGGGGUCUCCAAGCAUUCUUCAUGGUUCUUUGAAGAAGUGCUAACACAGAAUGCAGGCCCUAUGGAUGCGGACGCGGACCUCAGUGGAUGGCAGCAUCGCUGCACACCUCCCUCCGGGGCUUCCUUCUCUAAGUGAAUCCACACACAACUGUUGUGCUCAUAAAAAUGAAGUCAUGAAAACAAGUAAUCCUGUUUGCCAGUUUUAAAAAAAGAAAAUUACAAGGGGAAAAUGACAAUAAAAGUGCUUUUUACUUUUAAUGAUACUCAGAAAUUAGGGUGGAGAUCUAUUACAAACCUCUGAAGAUCAAGGAGGCUUUCUCGUCUCUGUCAGUCACAAGUUUGAUUGACAUCCUUCUGGGUCUGACUGGAGCCCUCUCUGAACUGUUUCUCUAACUUCACAAGCCUUUCUGAAAUAGUACAUGGUCAAACUAUGCCUCGGUUUAUUUAUCAUUUUAAAAUAAAAUCAAACUUUCAACCU